AUGCAAGAUGGGCAUCCCAUUGCCUUUGAGAGUCGGAAGCUCAGUGAAACAGAGAGGAGAUACACCAUUCAAGAGAAGGAGAUGACGGUCGUGGUGCAUUGCUUGCGCACAUGGAGGCACUACUUGUUGGGGUCAAAGUUCGUAGUGAAGACGGACAACGUGGCAACGAGCUACUUCCUCACGCAGAAGAAGCUCACCCUUAAGCAAGCGAGGUGGCAAGAUUUUCUGGCCGAGUUCGAUUUCGUCAUGGAGUACAAUCCAGGCAAGGCGAACUCCGUUGCAGAUGCUCUUAGCCGCAAGAGUGCAGCCGCAAGCAUCAGCCCGCCAAUGUUUCCUUUCAAAGAGCGGAUCGUUGAAGGCCUUGGCCAUGACCCCUUCGCCAAAACCAUAGCAGAUUACAUCGAGCAAGGUAAGACUCGACGGUUUUGGAUGAAGGAUGGGCUCAUCAUGACCAAGGUAGAGCGGGUGUUCAUGCCAAGAUGUGCCAACUUGAUGAAGGAGAUCAUGAAGGAGUGUUGA